AUGGGAUGUUUACAUUCUAAAAAUUCAGGCGAUAAAAAAAAUGUCAAGUCUAUCAAUUUACAAAAUAAAAAGACUGAAUUUAGAUAUGAUGAUGGUAGAAGAUUUUAUGGUAUAAAAGACGCUAUAUAUCAUCUACCAAAUGAUGAAGAUGAACAAGAUAGACUACAUUUACAACAUUUCCUGAUAAGAUAUCUCUUCCAAAGCAAUUUUUCUUCCCCCAUCGAACAUAUUUUGGAUAAACCUGGAACAAAAAUUCUCGAUAUUGGAUGCGGUCCAGGGUCAUGGUCAUUUGACAUUGCGACCACCUAUCCAUUCGUCGAAGUUAUUGGAUUAGAUAUGUCUCCACACCAACCAUCCUAUAUAAAACCUAAAAAUUUCACUUUCAUUAAAGCAAAUGUUUUAGAAGGAUUACCUUUCGAGGAUAACACUUUUGAUUUUGUAUUCCAACGAUGUAUGAUUUUUGGUUAUCCUAAUGAAGAAUGGCCAAAUGUAAUGAAUGAGCUUGUCAGAGUUUUAAAACCUGGUGGUUAUUUAGAGUUAUGUGAACCUUCUCCGGUAUUUAAUAUGGGUCCAACAAGUCAGCGUAUAUGGGAAGCUGGCAC